AUGGUGUUGCAACAACUGAUUUGGGAAAUCAAACCUGAUUUGAUAAUUGAUUUAGGCACAAAUGUUGGCGGUUCAGCGUUAUUUUUUGCGUCGAUCAUGUCGUUCUAUAGUGACACCGGAAUUGUUCUUACUAUUGACGUGAAAUCAUUUACGGAAAAUUGGGUACCCAGUAAUAGACUGAUCUGUAAACAUUGUGUUAAUCCAUCGGAUAACAAGUUAUGGAAAAAAUAUGUUCAGUUUAUUCAGGGAUCCACAACCGACUUGAACGUACUAGCCAAAGUUAAACAGUAUGUCUCAAAUUCCACAACUAUCCUUGUCAGUCAUGACGCUGCCCAUGAUGGACACACCGUUUAUAAAGAUUUAUUGAAUUAUGCUGAAUUUGUCAGUGUUAAUUCAUAUUUAGUAGUUCAGGAUACAAAACUAGAUCGACUUAAACAUCCAUUAAACGGUCCGUUAGCUGCUGUCAGAAGGUUUAUACAAUACCAAAGUGAAAUGAAAGAUCGUUUAAACUAUACGUAUAAAGUAGACAGAUCAGCAGAAAUAUUCUACUAUUCACAGCAUGCACAUGGCUGGCUUAAACGAAUUAAAUAA